AUGGGUCUCUUGGCUUUGGGAACGGCCCUCGACUGGCCUGACGCCAAAAAGCGUGCCCCUCAACAACUGUUGGAGAUAUGGAACAAAGCCAAGGGUAAAGAACGCGAUGCUCUUCUCUGGGGUGAUGAGGUCGAAUAUCUUGUUGUAGUUUACUCCGAGGACAACAAGCGAGUGCUGCUGUCUCUCCGCCAGGCACAGAUUCUUGAAGCAUUAGCUGCCGAUAAAGACCUCACGAAGCAAGGCGGUUGCGUCCCGGAACUUCAAGAGCCGACCACAACUGAAAAGAAGACGGAAAGAACCAUUCCUGUUUUCCAUCCCGAGUUUGGUCGCUUCAUGUUGGAAGCCACUCCCGGCAAGCCUUGGGGCAUCGGCUUCAAGGAACUUCUCGACGUGGAACCUGAUAUGAAGCUGAGGAGGAAGAUCGCCAAGGAGCACAUGCUCUCCACAGAGUAUCCCAUCACAUUGACUACUUACCCUCAGAUAGGUGUUCCUGGACAGUUCACCGAUCCCUAUUUCCCACCUUCAGGACCCCGUCUCCGCUCUCAGUUUGUCCCGGAUGAGAUCGCCAACCCCCAUAUCAGAUUCCCAACUCUAGCAGCCAACAUUCGUUCUCGGCGAGGCCGCAAGGUCCAGGUUAAUGUUCCCAUCUUUCACGACAAGAACACGCCAAAACCCUGGAAGGAUCCCACUGUGAACCUUGACAAGCAUGACUGGCCCGAAGACGACGAUGUGCGGAACGGAGCUGCCCCUGACGACUUUAUCCACAUGGACGCCAUGGCUUUCGGAAUGGGCAGCUGUUGUCUCCAGAUCACCUUCCAGGCUAAGAAUAUCACCGAAGGACGAAUGCUAUACGACCAACUGAGUCCUCUUGGUCCCAUUAUGCUGGCAUUGACUGCCGCGACACCCGUCUAUAAGGGCUUUGUUGCCAACACAGAUGUGAGAUGGAACCAGAUUAGCCGCGCUGUUGACUGCCGAACACCAGAAGAGUUGGGGGAAAAGCCUCUUACAGAAGGUGUCAGGAGAAUACCAAAGUCGCGAUAUGCAUCCAACUCGACAUAUAUCGCCAUCGAUCCACGAUUGAGAAAUGAAUACCUCGAUCCGGAUCUGGUGUACGACUCGGGCAUCAAACGCCAACUCCUUGAGGGCGGCAUGGAUGAUCGCUUGGCCACCCAUUUCGCUCAUCUCUUUAUCCGUGAUCCUAUUGUCGUCUUUGAGGAGGAUCUCCAAGAGUUAGACCUCAACAAGACGGACCAUUUCGAGAACAUCCAGUCAACCAACUGGCAGCAUAUGCGAUUCAAGCCGCCACCUGCUGACAACAGCAUCGGCUGGCGAGUCGAGUUCCGCUCUAUGGAGAUCCAGAUCACAGACUUUGAGAAUGCCGCAUUCUCGGUGUUUAUGGUCCUAGUCACGCGUGCAAUUCUGUCGUUUGACCUGAACUUUUACAUCCCCAUCAAGAAGGUCGACGAGAACAUGGAGCGCGCGCACGAGGUGGAUGCCGUCUUGAAGGAGAAGUUUUACUUCCGACGUAACCCUUUCCCCAGCCGCCCCUCCAGAGCAAACACCACGUUCGGUGACGAUAGCCGACCCGGAUCAGCUCAUCCUAGUCGACCUCCAUCCCCUGGUGGUCCCGUGGAGCACGAGUUUGAGGAAAUGACCGUCAACGAUAUCAUCAACGGAUCCGAGUCGGGCGAGUUUCCUGGCCUGAUCCCCAUCGUCGAGAGCUACCUCGAUAGCGUAAACGUCGAUGUUUCGACUAGAUGCCACCUGUCCACAUACCUCGACCUGAUCUCCAAGCGAGCACGAGGAGACCUUGACACCACAGCCCGAUGGAUCCGCAACUUUAUUGAUGUACACCCCAAAUACAACCAUGACAGUGUCGUCAAUGACGAGAUCAACCAUGAUCUUAUCGGCGCUGUCAUUGCCAUCGGUGAGCGAGAGACGGCCGGCCGCAACUUUGCGGGACUCGGCAUUCACGGUCUCGAACGAUUGCUCAACGGUUUCCGAGGAGGUUGCGGUGGCGGAUCAAGCAACGGCUCAAACGGGAACUCACACGCGGCAGAGAUAGAAACUGUCAACGGCUCCCUUAAACGAAAGAGCGAGUGGAUCGAUGGCCAAGAAGUGAUGGCAUCGUGA